UUGUGAGGGAUAGCGUUAUGGUGGGAAUAAUCCACAAAGCGGAGCAGUAGAAGUAGCAGGGAAGAGACCUUAUCCACCAUAUACCGGUGGCGGCAGCCUGCAGCGGCGGAGAGAACUCAAUGGCGUCUUUACUUACAUUUUCAUCCAUAAUGAACCAACCUUUUAAGCUUCAUCGUCCUCGUUUUACUCUCACAAUCUUCAACUUCCACCGCCAUUCUUCUUUCACCACCUCAUCACCACGCCCACUCCCACUUUCUACUUUCAAGAUCAGCGUCACAAGCUCUUCGAGAAGCUUCUCUCGUUCCAACAAAUUAGAGGGUCCCACUCCCUCACUCCCUCACUUCCUACCUCAAGCUACCCUUACCUUUUCCCAACCUCAACCCCUUGUUGUACCAGACAAUGAAGCUCCUUCGAAAGGUCGUAUAUACCAUGAGACCUAUGGAUGUCAGAUGAAUGUUAAUGAUAUGGAGAUUGUCCUCUCCAUCAUGAACAAUGCCGGCUAUGGCGAAAUAGUGAGUGUUCCUGAGAGUGCUGAAAUAAUAUUCAUUAAUACUUGUGCCAUUAGAGAUAAUGCUGAGCAGAAAGUGUGGCAGAGGCUUAACUAUUUUUGGUUUCUUAAGAGGCAUUGGAAGAGCAAUGUUGCCACCGGAAGGUCGCAGUCCUUGCGCCCUCCGAAAGUGGUUGUUUUGGGAUGUAUGGCCGAGAGGUUGAAGGAAAAGAUACUUGAUGCAGACAAAAUGGUUGAUGUGGUCUGCGGUCCUGAUGCUUAUAGGGAUUUGCCGCGGUUGCUGGAGGAGGUUGACUAUGGCCAGAAGGGGAUCAAUACUCUUCUUUCCCUUGAGGAGACGUAUGCCGAUAUUAAUCCAGUUCGGAUAUCCAAGAACUCGAUUAGUGCUUUUGUCUCUGUGAUGAGGGGUUGCAACAAUAUGUGUUCAUUCUGUAUUGUGCCAUUCACAAGAGGCAGAGAGCGAUCGCGCCCUGUGGAUUCCAUUGUGAAAGAGGUGGCAGAGCUCUGGAAAGAAGGCGUGAAAGAAGUAACACUUCUGGGGCAGAAUGUGAACAGCUAUAAUGAUGCAUCCGGCAUUGAGAAAGAGGUUGAACCAGGCUCCAACUGGAAAUUUAGUGAUGGGUUUUCCAGCAUUUCUAAGGUGAAAAAAAUGGGUUUAAGAUUUUCUGAUCUGUUGGACCGACUCUCCUUGGAAUUUCCUGAGAUGCGAUUCAGAUUCACUUCUCCACACCCUAAAGAUUUUCCGGAUGAAUUGCUUUAUCUUAUGCGAGAAAGACAUAAUAUAUGCAAACUGAUACAUUUACCAGCACAAACUGGAAGUAGUACAGUUCUUGAGAGGAUGAGACGAGGAUAUACUCGAGAAGCUUAUUUGGAGCUUGUAUAUAAAAUUCGCAGCAUUAUUCCAGAUGUGGCCUUGAGCAGUGAUUUCAUCUGUGGAUUCUGUGGGGAAACAGAGGAGGAACAUUUAGACACAUUGAGUCUCGUAAAAGCUGUUGGUUAUGAUAUGGCAUUCAUGUUUGCUUACAGCAUGAGGGAGAAAACUCAUGCCCACCGAAAUUAUGUCGAUGAUGUUCCUGAGGAAACAAAGCAGAGGAGGCUAACUGAACUCAUUGAGGUUUUUCGUGAGAGCACGGGCAAAUGCUUCGACUCUCAGGUUGGAACCGUGCAGCUUGUGUUGGUUGAAGGACCUAACAAGAGAGCUCCGGAUACCGAGCUUAUGGGCAAGAGCGACAAGGGCCACAGGGUUUUGUUUGUCAAUGUGCCAAUACCAGACAGGGAAGAUGUUAAGACCCGGCGAAAUCCUGUGGUUGGCGACUAUGUUGAGGUGCGCAUAUCAAGAUCUACUAGAGCAUCACUCUUUGGUGAAGCGCUUGCUAUCACCAAGUUGAGUUCAUUUUACAAUAAUCUGGAAAAAGAAGCUGUUGCCUGCAGUGUAUAGAGCCUUUCAGCAUGAACAGCUUGACAUGGAAAUCUUUGCAUAAAUCCAUCAUAAUUUGUUCCUUUACCUUGUUUUCAUUUAUUACACAACACAUUUUAUGUUAGAGAAAGAUACAGCAAGGGAGUGGAUUGUGCAUUUGCCAGUCUCUUUAAAUUGUAUUCUUUUUAAAUCAUCUCUUUGUAGCAUAUUUAGCUGUCUGUUUAAAACUUCCAAAUAAUGGUUGAGUUUAUUUCUUGUAGCUUUCCUUUAAAACCA